CUUCCGGGUAUGUGUGUCCAAACGUUGUGUUGUCAAAAUGGCAGGACACGAACACCAUCAUCACCACCACCUUUCUCUGUGUUUCUGCGAUUUAAUGAGGCUGCUGUGGUCCCUGGUCGUACCCUGCGUCUACCUCAGCCUGCUCCUGACCCUGCUCCUGCUGCUGCUCCUGCUGGGGCUCCGCAUGUGGCUGCAGGGCCAACGCAAGGCCCGGCGCACCCAGGACGGCGGCCCGGCGGUGGCUUUCUUCCACCCGUACUGCAACGCCGGAGGAGGCGGGGAGCGGGUCCUGUGGUGCUCCCUCAGGACCCUCAUGCGCCGGUACCCGGACGUGUCCUUCGUGGUCUACACGGGCGACCAGGGAGUGACCGGUGAACAGAUCCUGGAUGGAGCCCGCCGGCGUUUCAACAUCACGCUGCCUCGACCCGUCACCUUCAUCUUCCUGCGUCACCGGGUUCUGGUGGAGGCCAGUUCAUACCCUCACUUCACCCUCCUCGGACAGAGCGCUGGAUCCAUGUUCCUCGGCUGGGAGGCGCUGACCUCCUUUGUUCCAGACCUGUACGUGGACUCGAUGGGUUACGCCUUCACCCUGCCAAUCUUCCGCUACCUGGGAGGAUGUAAGGUGGCCAGUUACGUCCACUAUCCCACCGUCAGCACCGACAUGCUGUCUGUGGUCCGAGAGAGGAACCUCAGGUUCAACAACGCUGACUUCAUCUCCAGAAACCCGGUCCUCAGCGCGGUGAAGGUGAUGUACUACUGCUGCUUCGCGCUGCUCUACGGGUUGGCUGGAUCCUGCAGUGAUGUCAUCAUGGUCAACUCCACGUGGACUCUGGGUCACAUCCUGGCCCUGUGGCGCUCGCCGAACCGGACCAGCGUGGUCUACCCGCCCUGCGAUGUCAGGGCCUUCCUGGACGUCCCGCUGGAAGAGGAAGAUGAGGAAGAUGUAGACGAGGGCUGGGAGGAGGUGGGACAAGAGCUGGGGGGAGGAGAGGAAGAACGAGGAGGAGGAGGAGGGGGCGUGGACAGGAAGUGUUACUCCAUUGUGUCGGUGGGUCAGUUCCGGCCUGAGAAGGACCACCGGCUGCAGAUCAAGGCCUUCCGCACUCUGUUGGACAGGAAGGGGGAGGGGCCCGGUGGGCGGGAGUCGCUGCGGCUGGUCCUGAUUGGCGGCUGCAGGAACCAGGAGGAUGAGGACCGGGUCCUGAUGCUGCGGGGGCUGUGCCAGGAGCUGGGCGUGGCCGAUCGAGUCGACUUUAAGCUCAACGUUCCCUUUGAGGAGCUGAAGAGGGAGUUAGUGGACGCCACCAUCGGUCUGCACACCAUGUGGAACGAACACUUCGGCAUCGGUGUGGUCGAGUGCAUGGCCGCAGGAACAAUCGUCCUCGCCCAUAAAUCCGGCGGCCCGAAACUUGACAUCGUGGUUCCCUACGAAGGCGGACAGACGGGAUUCCUGGCCGACAGCGAGGACAGCUACGCCACCGCCAUGGAAACCAUCCUGGCGCUCUCUCCGGCGGCGCGGCUGGAGAUCCGCCGCAAUGCCCGCCGCUCCGUCGAGCGAUUCUCAGACCAGGAGUUCGAGGCUUCUUUCCAGGCCGCCACGGAGUCUCUGAUGAGUAGACUGGAGCGGUGAAGACGCAGACACGACGGCCAGCGGGUUCGACCUUUUUCCCCUUUUGCUUAAUUUUUAUCACCGUUAAACUCUUAAAAGGAGGAGCGCCAUCAUAUGUUUCAUGUAUGACUCGGUGCGUCGCGACCAAUAAAACCAACAGCGAGGGAAGCAGAUUCUGACGUUUGUGAUGGAACCAAAACUCCAGUGACUUUGCAUGUGUUUAACUUAUUCCCAGGAAAUGGGAACAGAGCAGUGUGAAGCACAAAAACACAGGAAAAGUAAUGUUACGGACCAUCUAGUGCAGAAUAUUUACAAGCAGCAGCAGAAUCAGGACAUUUAUUCUCACUAUUUCAGACUAAAAGCCACAAAAACGCUGGUAAUGUAUGGACAUGACUGGUGUUUUAUUUACUGAAGCGUAAACUCACAAAUGUCCCUCUAAUCCAGGGAUGUUCAGGUUCCACAUUCAGACCAAUAUGAUCUCAAAUGGGCCGGAUCAG